CAGGUAGAAAAAAGAAUGUUUUCUUAAGAUCUUUUAAUAACUACCCAUAUUCUUUUGAAAAAUAUAUUUUUGUUUCUCCUGAAAGUUUUAAUAGAAUUAUCAUGAAAUGAAAAGAAGUGAAUGAUACCAGAAUUCAUUAAAGUCAGUCUUGGAAAUGAUUUGUCUUGAAGGAUAAGUAGAGGAACAAAUAUUCCCAGGCAAACCAGAAGACAAUCUGUGAUGGUUUUACUUGCCAAUGUCCAUCAGAAAUGAGUAUAUUUUGGGUUGGAGGAAAAAUUUAAAGGUUAGUUCCCAAAACGAUGCUACUGACUUCAAAAAGAAGGCAUAAUUUGGGCACUGCUACAUCCACAAUCCUUCUAACACUUCUUUAUCAAAGAAUUACUUAGAGUAUGCUGAUUCUGAGCUAGAAGACCUGAGCCUGAAUGUCCCUUGUUACUAAUGAAAUUUUCUUGCGAAAUAACCUUCUAGAUUCUGUAUACAUGAACACAGCACAUUUGAAGAUGGGGGACCAAAAGAAAUAUCCAAGUCAAAGCUGCACACCGUUCUAACAAAAUCUGGUUGGAGAGGAAAGCUUUUCCAAUGAUCAGCGAGCUUCCCCAGCUAGCCUGUAGGUGGGUGUGUUUAACAGAAGGAAGCAAUGGGAACUCGCCUGUCAGCCAGCCUUUAGAGCUAAUUAGCUCAGCAUACAACAAAGAUAAGUGAGCCUGAGAGGAGGGCCCCCUGAGGGGUCUUUAGAUUCUGGGAAAUGUCUGAUUGGCAGAUGUUAAAAGGGAUUCUUUGGUAAUCCUGUGCAUCAAUGAGCUGCACAAAUUCAGUCCAGAACUGCAAGAAUUCAGGCAUGAGGACACUGUGCAGCAGGCUCGCACAGCAGACCCAAGAUGGACAGAACCUUGGAAUCCCUGAGACACAUCAUUGCCCAAGUCUUGCCUCACAGAGACCCAGCUCUAGUCUUCAAAGACUUGAAUGUUGUGUCAAUGUUACAGGAAUUUUGGGAAAGCAAGCAGCAACAGAGGGCUAUAUUCUCAAGUGAAGGUGUGGUAGUCUAUGAGUCAUUGCCAUCUCCUGGACCUCCCUUUGUUAGUUAUGUGACCCUCCCAGGAGGAAGCUGUUUUGGCAACUUUCAGUGCUGCUUAAGUAGAGCUGAGGCCAGGAGGGAUGCAGCUAAAGUGGCUCUAAUCAACUCCCUCUUCAAUGAGCUGCCCUCUCGCAGGAUCACCAAGGAAUUCAUCAUGGAAAGUGUGCAGGAAGCAGUUGCUUCUACUAGCGGCACUUUGGAUGACGCGGAUGACCCCAGCACCAGCAUUGGAGCCUACCACUACAUGUUGGAGUCAAAUAUGGGCAAGACCAUGCUGGAAUUUCAGGAGCUGAUGACCAUUUUCCAACUAUUGCACUGGAAUGGAAGCCUGAAAGCCCUUCGUGAAACCAAGUGUUCCCGACAGGAAGUCAUCUCCUACUAUUCCCAGUAUUCCCUAGAUGAAAAGAUGCGCAGCCACAUGGCCCUGGACUGGAUCAUGAAGGAGCGGGAGUCGCCAGGGAUUCUCUCUCAAGAGCUACGAAUGGCUCUGAGGGAGUUGGAAGAAGCCAGGAAAGCAGGACAAGAACUACGGUUUUACAAAGAAAAGAAAGAAAUCCUGAAUUUAGCCCUGACUCAGAUCUACAGUGAGCCUGACACUUCCUCACCCAGUGAUGAUCAGCUGAGCCUCACUGCCCUUUGUGGCUAUCCCUAGCAAGGCCAGGUCCCCGCUGCCCCCCAGAUUGGCAGAGGCUGGACUCUAACAUAGGGAAGUUCACCAAAGGAGGUCAUCAGGGGCUUAGCACCUAUAGCUACUACCUGCAGGCUGCUAACUCUCCCCACCCAUUCCAUGCACAGAAUCUGAGAGUAAUAGGACCCUCAGAGGACCCAACAUCCCUCUACUUGCGGUCUCCCCAGCAAGUUCUCAAUGAUGCCACCUCAGGCUGA